CUUUUUUUUGUCCCACAUCUCUUGAUGUCUCCUCCAGUUAAGUUGGUUUUCUUCCCUCCUGGAAAUCACUGGGAACCGAUAUAGUUGCUGACCACCAUGAGCUGGAGUUUCUUGACGCGGCUACUAGAGGAAAUCCACAACCACUCCACGUUUGUUGGGAAGAUCUGGCUGACGGUGCUGAUUGUCUUCCGCAUUGUCCUCACAGCUGUGGGAGGGGAAUCCAUCUAUUACGACGAGCAAAGCAAAUUUGUGUGCAACACGGAACAGCCAGGUUGUGAGAACGUUUGCUAUGAUGCGUUUGCCCCGCUCUCACACGUGCGGUUCUGGGUCUUUCAGAUCAUCCUUGUCUCCACACCCUCAGUGAUGUACCUGGGCUAUGCCAUUCACAAAAUUGCCCGGAUGGUGGACCACGGCGACCCAGAGAGGAAGAUCCGAAGCAAGCCUUUCCCAAUGCGCUGGAGGCAGCACCGGGGCUUAGAAGAGGCGGAGGACGACCAUGAAGAAGAUCCAAUGAUGUACCCAGAGAUUGAGAUUGAGAGCGAGAGGGAGAACAAGGAAAAUCCACCCCCAAUCAAAGUCAAGCAUGAUGGCAGGAAGCGAAUUCGAGAGGAUGGGCUCAUGAAGAUUUACAUAUUCCAACUCCUGAGCAGGACUAUGUUUGAAAUCGGCUUCCUUGUAGGGCAGUAUUUCCUUUUCGGGUUUGAAGUCAGCCCAAAGUUCUUGUGUAGCAGGCACCCGUGUCCGCACACAAUAGACUGCUUCAUUUCGAGGCCUACGGAAAAAACCAUCUUUCUGCUCAUCAUGUAUGGUGUGAGCUGUCUGUGUUUACUUUUGAAUGUCUGGGAAAUGCUUCACUUGGGUUUUGGCACCAUCCGAGACACACUAAACAAUAAGCGGAGGGAGCUGGAGGACUCGGGGACCUACAAUUACCCAUUCACUUGGAAUACGCCGUCCGCCCCUCCGGGCUACAACAUUGCAGUGAAACCAGACCCGAUCCAGUAUACGGAACUGUCUAAUGCCAAAAUGGCCUACAAACAGAACAAGGCCAACAUUGCACAGGAACGGCAGUAUGGGAGCAACGAAGAAAACAUCCCCACUGACCUGGAGAACCUCCAGCGAGAAAUAAAAGUCGCUCAGGAACGCUUAGACCUUGCCAUCCAAGCCUACAAUAACCAGAACAAUCCCUCCUGUUCCAAGGAGAAGAGGGCUAAAGCCAGCUCAAACAAAAGCAGUGGUAGCAGCCGAUCAGGGGAGGGGAAAACCUCUGUCUGGAUUUGAUGCUGCCCUCCAAGGAGUUAAUGACUCGCUACUUUACCCGUGUAGUUUAUGGUUACUCACAAAUGUGUCCCGUAAGGACUUCGGUUAAAUAAACAUUUGGUUUUGUUUAACUUCAGGGAUGACUUCGGCUGCCAUUCCAGGGUGAGGGGUGAGAGGAGCAUUCAUGCUCACAUCCUGAUGUUUCCAGAACAUUUAUACUUGUUUCUUCCAGGUCAAGAGAAGACCCAGGUUUAUUUUUUAAAAAUGGUUUACACUGUAUGUACAGAGUUAUGGUACAUUUUAUUAUGCACAAUUUUUGUAUUUGUACAUUGGAGCUCUCCAGUUACAUUUUUUUAUAUUAAAAGUAAACAAAAUAGGU